AUGUCGAUGCCAAGAACUGACAAGCAAUUAUCCGAAACCCUUGUGAUGGAAAUCCUUUUGAAGCUUCCCGUUAAAUCUCUAGUGAGAUUUAAGUGUGUUCGCAAAUCCUGGUGCUCUUCUUUUCAAACCUCCUAUUUUAUCACCAACUAUAAAAACAACAAUCUCAAUUUCCUCGUCAAGCAUAUUGAAAAUGUCCCUCGCUUAUCCCUGUUUUCAACUGAAACAGAAAUUAAAAAACAUGGUGGAUCUGGUGUUGAGCUUAAUCUAAAAGACAAAGAGAAUAUCCCUAUGCCUGUCUCUAUUAGUAGUAGUGCACCAAUCACGAUGUUUGGUCCAUGCAAUGGCUUACUUAGUUUGGAUGAUGGUUGUGGGAUUACCCUUUGGAAUCCUUCUACGAGAGAAGUUAAGGUUGUUCCUAAAUCCAGUAUCUCACGGCCUCCUUCCGCAUAUUGCACUUAUUUUUCUUGCAUUGGGUUUGGGUUUGAUAGCAAUUAUCUGAUCGUUUCUUUCAACAUGGCUGAAGAAGUUUUCUCGACAAUACCCUUUCCGAAUUUUGGUAUGUCUAAGGCCGAAUGUUGGUGGAGUUUUGCUUCCUUUAAUAAAGCUCUUGCUACAAUUGUUCGUCCAAGGGAAGGCAUGGGAAAUUGUCGUGACAUAUGGGUCUUGAAUGGAUAUUUAUGGACUAAACAACUUACAAUUGGGCCUAUUCUUGGAGAUUGGAGGCCGUUAGCAUUGUGGAAGAAUGGAGAAUUAUUGUUGAAAAGUGAAAACAGUAAACUAGUUAUGUUUGAUCCCAGCACUGGAAAGCUUCAGGAUUUUGAAAUCCACAUGCCUAAGUACACAACGCAUCUAGUUGUUUAUGCUGAAAGCAUUGUUCCAAUCAGGAGAAAAUGAGAGUACGAGGAAAAUGAAACUCGUAAAGUG